UCAGGCUGAGGUUGAGCUUGGCGCUGGCACCCCUAUUUCCCACACAUCCACUAUCGUUCCUCAGUUAUUCUGCACUGUUCUUCGCUGCCGAUCUCUCCCCGUUCUCUCUCUCUCUCCCCUUCUGGAUUGAUCUCUCUCGUCACCGUCGAUCCUGUUCCGACGCCGUUCCCAUUGACUAAAAUGGUUGGUAGAGCAAUCCAGCUAUUACUGAAUCGGAGACUUCAAUACCAAUCUGCCCCUCCAGUUCUUUCAUCUCUUUUUGCAAAGAAAGAUCAAGAAGGACUUGGAUCUACUGUCACGAGAUCCCUGAGAGCAUUUGCCCUUCUUGGAGCUGGCGUGUCAGGGCUCUUGAGUUUUGCAACAAUUGCAUCUGCUGAUGAAGCUGAACAUGGUUUAGAAUGUCCAAGCUAUCCUUGGCCUCACAAAGGCAUUCUCAGUUCAUAUGACCAUGCAUCGAUUCGUCGUGGUCACCAGGUUUACCAGCAAGUUUGUGCUUCCUGUCAUUCAAUGUCCCUAAUUUCAUAUCGUGAUUUGGUGGGAGUGGCAUAUACAGAGGAAGAAGCAAAGGCCAUGGCUGCUGAGAUUGAGGUGUCUGAUGGCCCUAAUGAUGAGGGUGAAAUGUUUACUCGCCCUGGUAAACUGAGUGAUCGUUUUCCUGAGCCUUAUGCAAACGAACAAGCUGCUAGGUUUGCUAAUGGAGGGGCCUAUCCUCCUGAUUUAUCUCUUAUCACCAAAGCUCGGCACAAUGGUCAGAACUAUGUCUUUGCACUUCUAACUGGUUACCAUGAUCCUCCUGCCGGUGUACAAAUCAGAGAAGGAUUGCAUUACAAUCCUUACUUCCCAGGAGGAGCUAUUGCCAUGCCUAAAAUGCUUAAUGAUGGUGCUGUUGAGUAUGAAGAUGGUACCCCUGCAACAGAAGCUCAGAUGGGGAAAGAUGUUGUCACAUUCUUGUCGUGGGCUGCAGAACCCGAAAUGGAAGAGAGAAAACUGAUGGGAUUCAAGUGGAUAUUUGUACUGUCGUUGGCAUUGCUUCAAGCUGCUUAUUACAGGCGCCUGAGGUGGUCAGUUUUGAAGUCUCGAAAGCUGGUGCUUGAUGUUGUCAACUAAAAUCCCGUCGUAGUCGUCUUUUUCCUCUUUGACACAUCAAUGCUUGUCGGAGGACACCUGGAAUGGCAAUAACUGCCCAAUUUUUAUGAAGCGAGCAGAUGAUUUUUUUGUGCUGUAAUGUGUUGAUUCGAUUCAACUUGUGGUUCCCAUAAUGUGGGCACUCUCACCGCAAGGGUCAAAUUUUCAAUUGAGAGGGAGAAAUAAGAUCUGGCGUGCUCUAGUAGCAAGCUGUCAUUCUUUCAGAAUUCUUUUCCUGUUGCUGAUGUGACCCUUCCCCUGGCUGCUUCUGGUUCCGGUCCUUUUUUUUAUUGCCAGAUCCUUUUCUAUAUUCAGAGUAAUGCAUUAUUUUGUUUGCUGCAA